AUGGUGGACCCAAACACUAAACCAAGUAAUCCCGCUAUCCAGGAAAUCAAAGAAAAUUCAGAUAAUGUCAAAAAGAAUCUCAAGCCUGUAGAAACCAAGGAAAAGAUUGUGCUUCCAACGGCCUCGGACAUUGAACAAGAAAAGAAAGAAACGGCUGAUGAAACCAAGUGA